AUGGAGGUGGUGAGCGCUUUCCAUGGCGCAUUGGGUCCCCUGCUGGGGAAGCUCACGGCUCUGCUCGCCGAUGAGUGUGGCCGUCUCAAAGGCGUCCGCCGUGAGAUUCGCUCGCUCAAAUCUGAGCUAACCAGCAUGCAAGCGGCGGUUCAGAAGUACUCCACGUUACAAGAUCCGGAUUUCCAGGCGAAAGCAUGGAUAUCGCUGGUGAGGGAGCUUGCCUAUGACACCGAGGAUGUCAUCGACAAGUUCAUCCACCAGCUCGGUGAUGGCGGCCACCAAAGUCGGAGUGGCUUCAAGGGUUAUUCCUCAAGACUAUUCGUGGUCUCAAGACGCUCAGAGGAGACACAUCUUGUGGGCAUUGAUGGUCCAAGAGACCAUCUCGUCACUUGGAUGAUGGAAGAAGAAAAUAGUUCGGCCAAGCAUCGCAGGGUGCUAUCUAUUGUUGGGUUCGGUGGGUUGGGAAAGACGACAUUGGCAAAGGAAGUCUGUCACAAGAUCCAGGGGCAUUUUGAUUGUCAUGCUUUUGUCUCUGUCUCACAGCAGAGUGUAAAGAAAAUUAUGAAGGAUGUGAUCUCUCAAGUGCCUUGCAAGAAAGAUUUUAUAGAAGAUAUCGACAUUUGGGAUGAAAAGAAAUUUAUUGGGAAGCUUAGAGAACUGUUACAAGAUAAGAGGUACCUCAUCGUUAUUGAUGAUAUAUGGUCUAUAGCGGCAUGGGACACUAUUAAAUGUGCUUUCCCAGAGAAUAAAUUUUCUAGCAGAAUUAUAGCAACUACACGCAUUGUUGAUGUAGCAAGGUCAUGUUGUCUCGGUGGCCUACCACUAGCAAUCAUCAGUAUUUCAAGUUUAUUGGCAAACAAACCAUCCCUCAAAGACGAGUGGGAGAAGGUCAGAAGGUCAAUUGGUUCUGCGUUGGACAAGAAUAGAAGCUUGGAGGGCAUGAAUAGCAUCCUAUGCCUUAGCUACAAUGAUCUUCCACCUAAUCUGAAGACCUGUUUAAUAUAUCUAAGUAUAUUUCCUGAAGAUUAUGUGAUUGAGAGAGAGACUUUGGUGAGACGCUGGAUAGCAGAGGGAUUUAUCUCUGAAGAGCGUGGACUUAGCAAACAAGAGGUCGCCGAGAACCACUUCUAUGAGCUAAUCAAUAAAAGCAUGGUCCAACCAGUGGACGUUGGCUAUGAUGAUAAUUUAAUCAGUGUGGUAGGCCACGGGCAAACUGAUUUGGUAAAUCGCAAUGGUGCUAUUCGUCGACUAUCAGUCCAACACAUUGAUCAGCAGCUUGUGUCUGUAUUGGAAAAUCAAGAUCUAAGCCAUGUCCGAUCCCUAAGAGUAAUAACAUCAAGUUGCAUCAAACACUUGCCUAGCCUUGUUAAGUUUGAAACUUUGCGUGUACUGGAUUUUGAAGGUUGUCAGGGUCUGGAAGAGUAUGAUAUGAAUGAGAUCCCCUCAGGAAUUGUGAGGCUUUAUGAUCUGGAGACGCUGGAUCUUACCAGUACAUAUAUAAAAGUGUUACCAUCCAGAAUUGUUCAGCUCACUAAACUACAAUAUCUACUCGGAACAUUUCAUUCUUUUGCCUCUCUUGAUGGCCAUAUAAAGAUACCCGAUGGGAUUGGAAACAUGAGUAACCUGAGGGUUAUCACAGGCUUCAAUAUUACCAAGAGUUCAUUAGGUGCUGCGGCAGAGCUUGGGAACCUAACCAGUUUGAAUGAAUUGCAUCUACAGCUAGACGGUAGAGGAUCUGAGAAAUAUAAGAGGCACGAAGAGAUGUUACUCUUCUCACUAUGCAAGCUUAGCAGCUGCAAACUCCAGUCUUUAUCGAUAGUUUCACGUGAUCCAACACCCCUCCAGUUUUUAGAUUCUUGGUCCCCUCUGCCAUCUUCCCUCCAGAGAUUUCAGAUGACCACCAACUACUAUUUACCGAAGAUUCCAAAUUGGAUCACACCAGCACUCGCCAGUGUGGCAUACCUAAACAUUAAUUUAGAAGAAAGACUUACCAUCAGAGGCCAUGGAUUCCCCUGUUUGAAGGAACUCUACAUUUACCGUAAUUCUCGUGCGAUAAACCUGCUGUUUGAGGAAGGGGCGCUACCGAAGCUUGAGAAGCUUGACCUGCCGUUCUUAGUUUCAUGGGCAAAAUCCAAUGGGUUCUACUUAGGCAUUAGCCACCUCCCAUGCCUGAAACAUGCUACAAUCACUCUUGUUGCCUAUGGUUGUGCCUCAUCUUCAGAAAAUAGGGCCGCAGCAGCAGCCAUAAGGAAUGAAGCAAAUGCCACUCCAAUGAUCCGAGGCUAA